AACAGAAGGAAGGAAUAUAAUCAUUUUUAUCAAAAGGUUCAGUUGUUCAUGGAACAAGGUUUUCAUUGAAAUUGGAAAGUGUGGAUUGUGCCUACGUCAUUGGGCAAAGAAAGUGAAAAAUGGGCAAAUUCAAGCUUCCAUGCAUUAUUUCAUUUUGGAUAUUUUGUUCUGUUGAAGGACAGACAUUUACCAUAUCGACUGAGUUUAUUGAUGGAAAACUGAUAUUCAGAUGGCCAAAUAUUACAACAAACACUAACUAUAUAAUGGUCUAUAAGGAUGGUCAAUCAUCUAAUUGGACAAAGACCCGUGAUGACGAAUACAUAGUUAAAAAUGUAUCGAAAUAUACAACUGUAAAGAUCAACGUACUGGAGGAUUACCAGGAUGGAAGAAGGAACUAUACUAAGACAUAUGCACACAACGUCAAUACAGUACAAUCUACGGAGGGAAAAUCUAAAAACAUCUCAUGGACUGCUGAAUAUUUUCCAAGAAGUGGAGAUUACAAAAUAUUUCAUGCAUAUAUUGGAAGACCGCAAAUAAUAAUGACAGUAACUAACACAACAUAUAAAACAGACUUUAAAAUGAAAUAUUUAUACCAUGCAAAACCCGGAUCUGCCAAUGUUUUAUUUGAAGUUAGAAAUAUAUCAGUAGAAGAUGCAGGAUAUUACGUAGGAAGUGGAAGUGAGUCAAAGGCCUUCUUAUCAGCGAAGGGGGUUGUUCUCGUUGUUUCUGGAAAACCAGAGAAACCUAAAAUAACGGGAGACCUGGAAAUUAAAGAGGGAAGAAAUGCCACCCUGAAAUGUGAAAGUAAAUCUACAUCUGCCCCCGACUAUCAUAAGUUCCCAGCAUUAUCGUAUACUUGGUUUGUUAAUGGCACCAGAAUAAGCGGAGAACAAAGUGUAAACUACAAAUUUAAGGUCUACAGAAAUGACAGCUACAAAGGGUACAGUUGCCAGGCGAAGGAAACUCUUGAAUCAGAAAGAAGUGACGAAAUUAAAAUAAACAUUUUGUACGGCCCAAGAAGUGUCAGGAUAUCAUCAAAAUCGCUCCAAGACAUAAUAACAAUUAGAGUUGGUGCUCCACUAGGUCCGUACAACUGCUCAGCUGACUGUAAUCCGCCUUGUACCGUACAGUGGAAAUAUAAACGUCCGGAAGGAGAUAUGAAAAAUGUUACACCCUAUGGGAAUUCACCAUUACCUUUACCAGAUCUAAACGCAGACAGAACUAAAAUGACUCUGAUUCGAUGUGUAGCUAACAACAGUGAAGGACGCAAAAUUGAUGGCAUUAAGUUAAACAUUCUCUAUUUAUCGAAACCGGUGAUCUUUCUUAAUAAUAGUAACCAGACUCUGUCAAGCAUCACAGAAGGCCAUACUCUCAAUAUUUCGUGUUUUGUGGAAGGCAAUCCCACCCCUACAAUAAAGCUCAGCAGAGUCUUGAAAGGGCAUAUCAAUGAACAACAAGAAAAGUACUGGCUGAACUACACUAUAGCAAAAGCUCAAUGUUCUGACACCGGCACCUACAGAUGUACAGGAAACACAUCAUUUGAAAGUAAACAUGAGGAAUUGACUGUAAAUGUGACGUGUGAGCCUCGACUUGAUACGUCACUCAGUGUGUCUUUCAAGACCACCUAUGGGUCAAAGAGCGGACCAAAUGUCAAAGUUGUUGUGACAGUGCCUGUGCUUGCAAAUCCUUUUCCAUCCUCAGUUUAUUCAAGAAUAUCGUGGCAGGGACCUGGUGGCAAUUAUUUGAAUAUAAGAAACACAGUAUUACAAAGAGAUAAUGUUGUCUACAAAUACUGGAUCAACAGUACCAUUCCUGUCGCUGAUCAGAAUUCUUUUGGAAAUUACUCAUUGAUUUAUAAUGAACAGUCCAUCGUCAAUAUAACUAUCAACCCCGAAGAUUCACCAAAGCCACCUUUAAACUUUACCUGGAUCUCUGACGCUCGAGGAUACGUGAAUCUUUCCUGGAUAUCAAAUUUUAAUGGUGGACCGGAACAAUUCUUCAUCUUAUCACAGAUGAAAGAAUCUGGCUGGGCAUCUAUUGAAAAUCUGACAGACUCUGGUGAGGGUAACUUGAGAUAUCAUGACCUAGGACCUUUAACUCCAGGACUUGAGUACUUGUACCAGUUAGAGAGUUGUAACAGAAUUAAUUGUUCUUUGAGCCCGAGAGAAGUUAAAGUCAUAGUUAAAGCUCCGCCGAUCUCGUCCUCCUCUCUGUUUGGAGAUAAUACCAUGCUGAUUUUGGUUGGAGCGUCUGCGGCUGGUUUUCUCCUCGUUGUGGUUCUGACAUUGGCGGUGACGAUGUAUUGUAAAACAACUAAAAAGUCAGCUACGAAGAAAAGAAACAGGCAGGAAGGACUCAGUGGAUCCACAGUGCAGGAUGAUACACCAGCGGAUGUUGUUGUGUAUGCUGCUGUUGACAAGAGUGUCCUCAUGAAGAACAGACAACAAGAUGACGUAGUGAAGAGUGACGUCAUCAAGGAUCAAAAUGAUGACAACGAAACAGUGUAUUCAGAAGUGAUAAAACAUCCUAAGAAACAACAAACAGAUGAAAAGAAAGAAAAGAAAAAGAAUGAAGAAAAGGAGUUGAAAGAAAACAAUGAAGAAGCUGGGACAUCUACCCGUAACGACAACUCACGUUCAACGAAUCAAGAUGGUUUAGUUUAUAUCGAUGUUGAAUUUGCGAGAAAGCUCCCAAGUUCAGACACAAAGGGGAGACCAGUCAUACACGGGGAGGAAGAGAAGACAGAGUACACGUUCGUGGAUUUCACCCAAAAAGCGCCGCCUGUACAGGAAUCGCAGGAAAAUGUCAAGUGAUCGUUUGUAGUGAGAUGUUAAAACAAGAAACAAUUCACAGAUGUGUACAUCUGAAUUUAUUGACGACAGAAUAAUCUUUUUUAUAUUUAUUGUUUUUUUUUUUAAAUCUUGCAUUUCUUUGUCUGCUUGUAUUUAGAAUUGUGAAUUAGAUCAUCUAUUUUCAUCAUGGAUACCGAUAGAUAAUUGCAUAUAGACUGCAUAUAAUAUAUUUGCAUAUAAAUCUCCAUUAAAAAACAUUUUUUUUUAAUUAUGUGUCUAAAAGGAAGAAAAAUAAACAAAAUUUUCAUUUCAUUUUCAAAAACUGCAUUCUUCUUUACUUUACGCAUUUCUUCGCCCAUCGCUAGAAGUCCUGAAAGAUUAGAUCAUUUUACUUGAAUUGGGUAUGCAUGUGUUCAAGUAUAAGUAUUCAUCCACGUCUUUACAUGAAUUAUACUAAAAGAAACCAUUGCUCAAAAUGAAUUGGAUAUCUUCCAAUUUACAUUCACCAGGAACGAAACAGGUGUAUGCGUGUGUUGUUUCAUAAUUUUUUGCACUCAAUUUUAAAAAAGUCUAGAAGCCCUGUAUUGAUGUAAUAUUUAAC